CCAGUGGGUUGUGAAAAGGGUAUCCGAGAUCAGACUUUAAAUAGCUAGUCUUGAGAAGGAAGAACACAACUGCGGAUGAUUCAGAAGAGCAAGGGCUUCAUAUUUUGAUCCAAAGGCUAUUCGAGUGCGAUACUACAACAUAAAACAACAAACAAUGUCAUCUGUGGUGAGGUAUUUGAGAGCAAUGGUGUUGGUAGCCACAAUUGUUGCAAAUAGCAACGUGAUGGGGCAUGGAGAAAUUAAAUACUGUGGACGGAAUGUACCAAAGUUGAUCAUCAUAGCUUGUGAGAUGCUCAAAAAGCGAAGUACUGAAACUCAAGCGUUAGGCGACCUGAAGAAUUUGGCGAAAAAGUUUUACAUUGAUGGUCUGUUACGGGAGUUAUGGCACGAAGGCAAGUUACUGGAUUCAAAUGGGCAUCCUCUAAAUGCAAAAAGUGGUAGUGUCCCGACUUCGGGUGAUACCGUUUCUCUUGUGAGAGGCGCAAAUAACGAACAAAAGGAUCGGAGCGACAAGAAAGCAAAGCUCAACCUAUUGAAGGAGAUGCUCCCUGGUUUGAUCGAAAUGAUGCAGGAUACACCUCAACAAGAACAUCAGAGAGAGGUACUUGCUGAACCAACUAACACACAGGAUACUUAUGGGAAAUCCAACGAUGAACUUGUCAGCCUCCUUGGCCUACUUGGUUUGAGCAAUAGCGGUUCUCAAUCAGGAAAACAUGUUACUGCCGUAAGUGAAAACCCAGCUGGGGUCGUUAAAAAGGAUUUCGAUCCUUUGCGGAACGAUGGUCGCCUGUUUCAUUAUAUGCAAACCAAGAGAGAUGGAAUGGCAAUUGUUUCCCUCAUAGACCAAUGCUGCAGGAAUGGCUGUAAACUCAAUCAGUUGCUUGGAAUUUGCGACUGAAUAUUAUCAGUUAAUAUAGUGUACAUUCUCAAAAACAAACAAUACAUAUUUAUUAAUCACGGAAUUUCACACUGUUCGUGUACAUAUUCUUUUGAUUUUUGUGGUCACUCCUCAUAAUAAUGCUUAUUCAAAGAACGAACGGACAUAUUUAUUUCAUGACGACAUCAAAUAUCAGAGAUGCUGAACUGUGAUGCUAGAUUUUUCAGAAAUAACACAAUAUCAUGGGCAACGCUUCCAAUUAAUAUGGCGUCUUUGUAACUUGCGUAACCAGGUAACGUAGCUACGCUCCAGGCAAAAACAAUUGUAUCAUCUCCAAAUACACCGUAGACUUCUUAGCUACCAUAGCAGGGAUAUGACUAUAAAUCAAUAAACGUGGCAGUGUAAA